CCUGAUUAGUUGAGACCAUAUUCUAAUGGUCAGCGAUUUAGAUCCAUUGAAAUACUGUUACGUUUAUUUGUCUUUAAAAUUUCACAGAAGGAGAAAAUUUUAAACUGGGAUAACUCUAGAUAAAUUAAAAUGCCCGCAGACACAAGACAAGCCAUGUUGGACUAUUGGAAGGAGCACUCCAAAGAAGCCUCUGUUCAAGAAAUGAUGCUGGACACAUGUGCCGAGGAACUGACAAAAGAAGAACUUCCAGAGAUUUUAUCUUAUUUGCCAGAUUUUAGAGGGAAGACAGUCGUAGAACUUGGAGCUGGCAUAGGACGUUUCACGGCAGAACUUGCCAGGAAGGCUAAGAAAGUGAUUGCUGUUGAUUUUAUUGAAGAUUUCAUUCGACAGAACAUGAAGUCUAAUCAGCAAACGGGGAACAUUGAUUUCGUUGCUGCAGAUGUGACCAGGAUGAACAUACCAAGUGAAAGUGUUGACUUCAUUUUCUCCAACUGGCUUCUGAUGUACAUGGAAGAUAAAGAGGUCCUAGCAUUGUUUGGUAAACUCCUGUCUUGGUUAAAACCCAGGGGUCAACUCUUUAUCAGAGAGUCAUGUAGAUGUCAGUCGGGUAAUAAGACUAGGGGAGCCAAUCCUACAUUUUACAGAGAGCCCGAACAGUAUGAAGCUUUUUAUGAGUCUCUUACUUCCCCUUGUGGGCUUUACGGUUUUAAUCUGUUGUUUUCCAAGGCGGUUCAAACAUAUAUCAAGAGGAAAAACAACAACAACCAAGUGGUCUGGCUCCUACAGAAAGUCAAAAAGAUUGAUUCGCCAGCACCUGGAGUCCAAAGUUGGCAAGACUUUCUUGACAAACAACAGUAUUCAACUCGAAGUAUUCUCUUGUACGAGAAAAUUUUUGGUAGAACUUUUGUCAGUACUGGGGGACUAGAGACAACUGAGGAAUUUGUAGAUAUGCUCAAUCUGUGUCCUGGUCAGAGUGUAUUGGAUGUUGGAGGGGGCAUAGGUGGCAGCGCUUUCUACAUGGCCAAGAAUUUUGGCGUGAAAGUCACAGUGAUUGAUUUGUCAUCCAACAUGAUAAAAAUGGCUCUAGACAGAGCACAGGAAGUAGGCUGCGGUCCUGAUGAAGUCGUUUUUGAAGUUGGCGAUGCCACAAAGAGAGAGUAUCCAGCCGAGUCGUUUGAUGUGAUCUACAGCCGUGACGUGAUACUGCAUAUAGCCGACAAAUUGUCUCUCUUUAAAAAACUAUACAACUACCUAAAACCUGGAGGUAAACUUCUCAUCUCAGACUAUUGCUGCAGCCCUGGCAUUCAUUCAGAGGAGUUUAAGGCAUAUGUCAAACAAAGAGGUUAUUAUCUUCUGCCGCCACUUACUUACGGAAAGCUCUUGGACAAGGCAGGAUUUGUUAAUGUUGUGAGUGAAGACAGAACCGAGCAGUUUGAAGACAUUUUGAGAAAAGAAAUCAAAAGAACUGAGAGAAAUAAAGAAGAGUAUUUUAAGGAAUUUGACGAAGACUGCUACAAAGAUCUUUUGGAUGGAUGGAAAGAUAAGCAGAGUCGUGUUCAAAGAGGGGAACAAAGAUGGGGAUUGUUUUAUGCAGAAAAGCCAACUGCUUGAUUGACAUCGUGCAUUGUACAUGUUUUCAACUUUCUCUCUCUCUCUCUUUCACCACCUCUCUCUUUCUUUCUCACUCUUUUUUUAAUACGGGUUUACAAUGUCAACAUGUUCAACAGUUUUAUUUGAGUGCUGCAAUUAUUGUGAAGAUUUCAGAUAAAGUUACACAAGGAUACAGGACAUUUAGAAUACUUUUUGAUAAUAUAUUAUCAUCCCGAGGAUGGAUCAUUAAUAUGCCUGGAGAUUAGCUAUGGUCGGCACGAUGUCGCUCACACACCAAUUACCCAUCUCCACUCAGCUGAUGUGUCCAGAGUUCCGAUAUAGUUUGGGAUCAGCGACAUUGCAUGAUCUACCAUGGCAUAGCAGUACGUGCUGCAAGCUGCCAAAGGGUCACCGGCUCCUGAUUAUUCCUCAGGAUUGACUCCCGAAGCCAUUCCCAUUUUUGGAUAUAGCUGCAAUCCAGCAAAGUUUUUUUUCUCCUUGCUAAGGCUAACGAGCUCUCCUGUCGAAGCUUAUUGCUUUAGUUACUUGUCUUUACCCUUUCUCCUGUCAGUGAUAACAGUUCGUUGGCACCCAAUAUCUUAGUCAAGAGUUGGACUGGUUGCCAGAGGCUGUUUAAGAUGCAUGCCAUCGAAAGCAUUUUAUGGGCAAAUAAAUAAAAAAAUUUAAAUGUAUAAAAUUGUGACGCUGAUAUUAUGGGAUGGAGCGUGUCGCGUGGUAUAUGUGUCAAAAUUGCAAGAGAAGUUUAAACAAGAAUUUUAUUUGUACAUUGACUUCUCGAAGAUGCGAGAUUUUUAUUUCUUUUUACACUUUUUAAUUAGAAAUACUUAAGUCAAACUCAUGUGUAAAGUUCAGAGAAAUGCUGUCAUAGUCUUGUGAAAACUUGUGUAAAACAUUCCAUUUUUCAUUUCAAUAUUUUAAUGAUAAUAAAUUGUAUUUUAUU